AUGUUGCACUCCUCAAUGCAGGAGCAUCAACAGCAGCAACACCAACAACAACAACAACAUGAAUCUACACGUCAACCAAGUAUUUCAACCAUUUCAGCCAAAAGGACACCCCUACAGCCCUCAACUGAUUUAUACCGGACAAAUGGUUCCCCGGCCACCAAUGCUGAACUGCGUCCCUUAACUGUUUCACAAUUGGACUUGGCCAACAAUGGACUGGGUAGGCGGCUAAAUAGACAGGAUUCGGAAACUGGUUCCUUUACCUCACACAGCCGAGGCAGGUUAAAAGAUUCGACAGGGGGUGGUGGCAAUGGCGGUGGCAGUACAAACUCCAAUAAUAUGCAUUCCAACGAAGCUCCAACGGCUGUCCUGGUCAACUCAGCAGCCACAGCCUCGGCAGAUAAUCGCCAUCGACGAUGUGGCAGCACCAACAGUACCCGCAGCAAUCAACUAAGAAAACCCAGUUCCUCAAGUGGUCGUACCACCUCUUCGGCGGCAUAUUCCGGCAUAAAUCGUUCAUCGCACGAUCCCAGCUCAACGCCACAACAACCACAAAUGAAACCUGCCUCUCAGCUAACAACAACAACAACAAAUUCAGCGGCAACGCGAUCCAUCUCAAAUUCUCAACAGCAAUCCCACCAAAAUUCAAACACCAUGUCAUCCUCCUCCAAUCCGACACCAAGCAAUGCCAAAAAACCAUCCACAGAUCGCAGUGAUGAUGAACGUUUGAGUACCACAGCUGAUAGUACGGGAGGUGGUGGUGCUGGCGAGCCUAGACGUAUUCAUCGACGUCGUCGUUCACGGCGAAGAAAUAAACCCAUUAACGGCAGUGGUGGUGGUGCGGAUGGUUUAUCAUCGGAUUCCUCAUCUUCCUCGUCGUCGGGUUCAUCGUCGACCGCCUCAAGUUGUAAUGGUUCCUGCAGUUCGGACGAUGGGGAGUCAUCUACCUCAUCGGGUGAACCGAAUUUGCCAUAUCCCGGAUUUCCUGCGGUAGCAUUGAAAUAUCUGACACAGGAUACGACGCCUAGGAAUUGGUGUUUGAUGUUGAUUACGAAUCCAUGGUUCGAGCGUAUAUCGAUACUGGUGAUUUUAUUCAACUGUAUUACCCUCGGCAUGUACCAGCCGUGUGUGGAUGAUGCCUGUGAAACGAAUCGUUGCAAAAUAUUGCAGACCUUUGAUGAUAUCAUCUUUGGCUUCUUCGCCUUGGAAAUGUGCAUUAAAAUGGUCGCCAUGGGUAUCUAUGGCAAAACUACCUAUUUGGCUGAUUCCUGGAAUCGUUUGGAUUUUUUCAUUGUCCUGGCUGGCCUACUCGAAUAUGUGAUGCACGUGGAGAAUUUGAAUUUGACGGCAAUACGAACGAUUAGGGUAUUGAGGCCACUGAGGGCCAUAAAUCGAAUACCAAGUAUGCGUAUUUUGGUAAUGCUAUUACUGGACACCCUACCCAUGUUGGGCAAUGUCUUGUUGCUGUGUUUUUUCGUCUUCUUCAUAUUCGGCAUUAUUGGGGUCCAACUGUGGGAGGGUAUAUUGCGGCAGCGUUGUGUCCUUGAAUUGCCGAAUUAUGUCAAAGUGCCGGAAAAUGUCUCCUAUUACUAUGAGUUUUCCAAGGAACAGGAUUAUAUAUGCUCGAAGCCAGAAGAUUCUGGCAUGCAUAUGUGUUCGGAUUUGCCACCAUAUCGUAUUGGGCCAAUGAUAUGUACGGAGCCCGCCAUUCCUAUGCAAGAGAAUUUACCCACCAAUACAUCCUGCGUCAAUUGGAAUCAAUAUUAUUCCCAUUGUACCCAAAUGAGUUUGAAUCCAUUUCAGGGUACCAUUUCGUUUGAUAAUAUUGGCAUGGCAUGGGUUGCCAUAUUUUUGGUAAUAUCCUUAGAAGGUUGGACAGAUAUUAUGUACUAUGUACAGGAUGCGCACAGUUUUUGGGAUUGGAUCUAUUUUGUGCUAUUAAUUGUUAUCGGUUCAUUUUUCAUGAUCAAUCUCUGCCUUGUCGUCAUUGCCACCCAGUUUAGUGAAACGAAAAAACGCGAAAUGGAACGUAUGCGCCAGGAACGGGCCCGCUACACCUCCACCUCUACACUGGCCUCCAGCACGAAUAAUUCCGAACCGGCCACAUGUUAUGCGGAAAUCGUGAAAUAUAUUGCACAUCUGUGGCGCCGCUUCAAACGACGAAUGAUAAAGAAGUACAGAUUAUAUAAAUAUCAACAACAACAACGCAAGGAAGGCCUAUUGCCAAAUGCCGAUAAUCUAACAUUUUCACCAUCCCGCAUUAAAUGUCAUCAUCCGAAAUGCCCCAAAUAUCCUGGACCACCCCGAAAACCUUCCAACAUUCAGGAUCAAAUGAUAACGGUUAUGGUACCGCUGAAUUCCAACAAUAAUUUAAGUGGCAACAACAAUAAUCACAACGCGCAGCCACAACAAAUGGCAGCCGGUACAAAUAUGCAACAAGCUCAACAGCAAGCGGGUCAGCAACAGCGUUCAAGUUCCACCACCACAACUACCCAAACCCCAAUGGCCUUAAUAAAUGGUCUCAACAAUGGCAAUAAUUCGCAGACAGCGCGCCAUCAUUCGUCGUCGGAAAAUUCUGUACAAUCGCUGGACAAUGGUUCCGCGGCAGGUAUUAAGAAUGGCAGUGGCGAUAACAAAAGAAUACAAAAUCCGACUAAGGCAGAGACGGAGUCUUUGAUGGGGAAACAACAGUUACAGGUUGUGCCGAGUCAGCAGCAGCCACCAUCGCAGCAACAGAAAACAAUUCUAUUGAAAUUUCCACAAAAUUUAAUGGAAACUGAUCAGCUGAUUACUCAUCCCUGUACCUCGGGCUUUUUGAGUCCACCAACGGCUGGCAGUCGCCGUCCCUCGGUUAUGUUCAACGAAUAUGUUUUAUUGCAUACCCCACCCGCAUUGAAGGAGGCAGCGCCGGCCACCACAGAGAAAUCGGUGUGUUCUUCGGAGAAAAUGACUCAGGCUGGAGAUGGUAGUAUUUGGCAGGUCAACUUACCCCAGACCCUGGCUAGCAUUGCCAACCCCUAUGCGGACUGUUCAGAUUUGGGUAUACACGACGCGAUGACUUGUCAAGAGCUUUUAGCAUUUUCUGUGGCAUUUUCAGCAGCCCUGCCAACGGGACAAAGUACUUUGGAAUCGUUUUACUCCUCGUUGGCGCGUUGUGAUCCCCACACGGCGGAAGCGAUAAAAAAUCAACAAAAUCUGGAAAACUCCAAGCAGCAACAGGCCCAACAAAUUGCCCAACAGCAACAGCAAUCGCUACCAGCCACCCAACAUCGUGGCAAACACAAAGGUGGUGAUGGCCAUCACAAAACCUCCAAUGGUGGGACGGUUCGUGGCGAACGUGAUGCCAAAACCAAUACCGGCAAUUACAUAGAAGACUAUUCCUGCUGUUAUGAUCUCUAUCAGAAUGCCCUCUCACCGUUGGAUGAGAAGAAAAAGAAAAAACGUUCCAAGGUGAUGAAUACCAUUAUAACGGUAUAUCGUUGCGUAUGGCGUGUCUGCAGCAUUGCCCGGCGUUAUGUCAAACGUUUGGUCGAGCAUAAAUAUUUCCAGCAAGGUAUCCUAUUGGCCAUACUCAUCAAUACCCUAUCCAUGGGUAUAGAAUAUCACAAUCAGCCCGAGGAAUUGACGGUCAUUGUGGAGACAAGCAACAUUGUGUUCUCGGCAGUGUUUGCCGUGGAAAUGUUACUCAAGGUGGUGGCCGAAGGACCAUUUCGUUAUAUAGCCAAUGGUUUUAAUGUGUUCGAUGGUGUCAUUGUGAUCUUAAGUGCCAUUGAAAUAUGCCAACAAUUUUUGGGUAAUGGCACCGGUGGCGGUGGUUCCGGCUUGUCGGUUUUGCGUACCUUCCGUCUGCUGCGCAUUUUAAAACUGGUACGUUUUAUGCCCAAUUUGAGACGUCAAUUAUUUGUCAUGCUGCGCACCAUGGACAAUGUGGCUGUGUUCUUCUCCCUCUUGGUCCUGUUCAUAUUUAUAUUUAGCAUACUGGGCAUGUAUCUGUUCGGCGGUAAGUUUUGUAAAUUUAUGGACGAAACCGGUCUCGAAAGGGAGUGUACAUGUCCCGAAAUAAUCAGCAAACAUCCACAGUGUGAAUGUGAUCGCAAACACUUCAACAAUAUACUAUGGGCCACCGUAACGGUCUUUCAAAUUCUGACGCAGGAAGACUGGAAUGUUGUCCUGUUCAACGGCAUGGAAAAGACCAGUCAUUGGGCUGCACUGUACUUUGUAGCCCUAAUGACGUUCGGCAACUACGUCCUCUUUAACUUGUUGGUUGCCAUUUUGGUUGAGGGAUUCAGUUCAGAGCGAAAUGAACGUCGUGAACGGGAACAGCGCGAGUUGGUUAAGAAACUGCGCGAGGAAACAUUGGCCGAAAACUAUAGCGAUGCUAUGUACGAUGAAUCGCACAGUGAAAUUGAUUCAUCUUCGACCAAUGAAAGUUACUACGAAGUGCGUAAUCGUUGGCACAGUGCCGAAGAUAUACGAAAGCUACAGGACUCUGCUGAAAUGUUUAUUGAAAACAAAAGCAAUAUACAAAAACAACGAAUGCUACCCACUGGCAGUCGUGGUGACCAUCAGCUAAAGGAUAAUAAUAGUGCUAUAAGUCCACAGCCGGGGGGCAGUGUACCCAUAAAUGGUUUGAAUAGAAAAUUUUCAGAAAAGGAUUUUAAUAAAUCCGAAGAUGAAAGAAAGCCAUUGAAAAAGACUUAUUCGAUACGGGAUCGACGGGCUGAUGUACCACGUCUAGCCAAAAUACGACCCAUGCGUGAGCCGCCCAUUAUCACCACAACAGCCGCUACGCCGCAAGAUUCGCCAAAUACAACCAUGGAAUCGGGCGCAAGUUUCCGCAACUGGGGCCAAAGCGAAGAGGAGAAAGUGGAGAGUCCCGGAUCACCAUCCCUGCUUCGACCACCAACCAUAUUCAGCAGUGGUCAACGCUCACUGGACGAAGGCAUACCUUCAAUUGACUUGAUACCACCUUCUCCCGUGCUGCCUCAUAAAUCCCCAAUAAAUAUUUUAAAUCCCAGUCAAUUGGAAACCAACACAACAGCUGUCACCUCGACGCCCACCACCUGUUCUCUGCUAUCCACUGGCCUUAAUGGCUCAGGCGGCUCUCCAGUAGCUGGUAGCAGCUUACAUCAUAAUGUUGUUAUCGAUGAUAUCUCAAAAGAUCCCAACACCGCAACAUCGGGUCCAAUUUAUGUACCCACGAUAUCAUCUACAGCCGCCAAACUGCAAUUGCCCAGCUUUGGGCGCCAAGAGCCUAGCAUUACAUCGAACAGUGCCACCUCAUUGAGUUCCAAUAUACCCGAGACAAAUGAACCGCUACAGCGAUUGCCUAGCAUAAAACGUUUUCGACGCACCAGCUCAAAGCGGAAAAAACAGGAACUCAUGACACCCGAAGAUUUGGAACACCAACUCAACAAUGGCAGUGACAAUUCCUGCCUCCUCACAGACUGUUCGCCAGCACGUUCGGAUGUUUUCCUUAAGCCCAGCACUCCCAGCAUGGGCAUUAAGAACAAGGACACCAAUCGCCUCAGUCCGCAAAAUUCCAUCAGACGUCUAUCGGCCUCCUUGAGCAUUGGCAGUGGAGUGCCCGGAAGUCGACGAGCCUCAGCCUGCCUCUUCAAUUCACAAAUGUAUCAGAAUCUCAAUCAAUCCAGCAAACUGCAUGCCUAUCCCGGUAAACGACGCAUGUCCUCCAUAGAACUGGCCUUCACGAAGACGUCACAUCUUAAUCUGCACAAUUUGGAACCCUCGCGCAAGUCGCUAUCCUAUACCAAUUCCAAACUCGAUUUGGACAAGUGGCAGAAGAUGUACACCACCAACGAAACGGACAUGCUGCAGCAAUACAUCCAGGAACGUGAAAAGCGGAAAGGCUCCAUUUGUCAAUUCCCCAAAAAACGGUACGAAGAGGAUGGCGGUGGCAGCGGCGGCGGCGGUAAAGAAGAACAUACCAAGGAGCAACAACAUUCCUAUUUUCUAUCAUCAGAUCGUUUUUCCAAGGUUAAGAUGCUCAUUGAUCGCUUGAUACCGCACGAUUUUACCGAUGAGCGUAGAACAUAUUCGCUGUACAUAUUUUCGGAAGACAAUAGGUUUCGACGUGUCUGUUCAUGGUUUGUCAACCAGAAAUGGUUUGACAAUGCGGUUCUAUUGUUCAUAGCUCUCAACUGCAUUACCUUGGCAAUGGAACGACCCAAUAUACCACCUGACAGUACGGAACGUCUGUUCCUCUCAACGGCCAAUUAUGUGUUCACUGCAGUCUUCACUGUGGAAAUGUUUGUAAAGGUUGUUGCUGCUGGUAUGUUUUAUGGUCAAGAUGCCUAUUUUACAUCCGGUUGGAAUAUCAUGGAUGGUUCAUUGGUGACGAUAUCCAUCAUUGAUCUGUUAAUGUCAUUGAUUAGUGCAUCGAGUCCGAGAAUUUUUGGGAUUUUAAGGGUGUUUCGGCUACUUCGUUCCCUGCGGCCUUUGCGCGUUAUCAAUCGAGCGCCGGGUUUGAAAUUAGUCGUGCAAACGCUCUUAUCGUCCCUUCGACCUAUCGGCAAUAUCGUUCUCAUCUGUUGCACCUUUUUCAUUAUAUUCGGAAUUUUGGGUGUCCAGCUGUUCAAGGGCACCUUCUACUACUGCGAGGGUGAGAACAUUAAGAAUGUCAGCAACAAGACCGAGUGUCUCAGCAUACCGGGCAAUGCCUGGGUGAAUCGUAAAUACAACUUCGACGAUUUAGGCAAAGCCCUGAUGUCCCUCUUUGUGCUGAGUUCCCGCGAUGGCUGGGUUAAUAUUAUGUACACGGGUCUGGACGCUGUCGGAGUCGAUCAACAGCCAAUUGUGAACUACAAUGAGUGGCGGUUGCUGUACUUCAUUGCGUUCAUUUUGCUGGUGGGAUUCUUUGUCCUCAACAUGUUCGUGGGAGUUGUUGUGGAGAACUUCCAUCGGUGUCGCGAAGAACAGGAGAAGGAAGAGAAAAUACGUCGAGCCGCCAAGCGGGCACUGCAAAUGGAGAAGAAACGUCGUCGUAUGCAUGAACCGCCCUAUUACAUCAACUACUCUCCCGCGCGCAUGUUCGUCCACAAUGUGGUGACAUCGAAAUAUUUCGACUUGGCAAUUGCGGCUGUCAUCGGCUUGAAUGUGGUGACAAUGGCCAUGGAAUACUACAAGAUGCCGGCAUCACUGCAGUAUGCACUGAAAAUCUUCAAUUACUUCUUUACGGCUGUGUUCAUCCUCGAAGCGAACAUGAAACUGGUUGCUUUGGGAUGGCGUCUGUACCUGAAAGACAAAUGGAACCAACUGGACGUGGGUAUUGUUCUGCUGUCCAUCAUCGGCAUCGUGCUGGAGGAGCUGAAAACCAACAUUAUCCCCAUCAAUCCCACCAUCAUUCGUGUGAUGCGCGUCUUGCGUAUAGCACGAGUCUUGAAGCUGCUGAAAAUGGCGAAAGGAAUACGGGCUUUAUUGGACACUGUAAUGCAAGCAUUGCCGCAAGUUGGCAACUUGGGUCUGCUCUUCUUCCUGCUGUUCUUCAUCUUUGCUGCCCUUGGCGUGGAACUAUUCGGACGACUUGAGUGCUCCGAAGAGAUUCCUUGCCAAGGCCUGGGGGAACAUGCACAUUUCGCCAAUUUCGGAAUGGCUUUCCUCACAUUGUUUCGCGUAGCGACUGGCGAUAAUUGGAACGGCAUCAUGAAGGACACGUUGAGAGAUAAUUGCGAUGACGCGGCAGAUUGUGUGCGCAACUGCUGCGUUAGCUCAGUUAUAGCUCCCAUUUUCUUUGUGAUAUUCGUGCUAAUGGCGCAAUUCGUGUUAGUGAACGUCGUCGUGGCUGUACUGAUGAAACACCUCGAGGAGAGCCACAAACAGAUGGAAGAUGAAAUGGACAUGGAAGUCGAACUGGAACGAGAAUUGGUGCGGGAACAGGAGUUUGUACAAGAACAAAAGCUCUGCGAACAGCUGCAGCAGGCGAAAAAGCCGGUUCCGGCCCAACGUCAGCUAGGCAAGGUCAAAUCACUGCCAAUGAACUUUACCUACAAUACGCCCUCGCUUGAGAAGAAAUUCCCAAGUCUGGUGCCACCAGUUACGGGCAAUCGCCGACAAACUGUCCAGUAUUUCAACCAGCACAAUGGUCUGGGCUUGGCCGAAAUUGGUGGGGCAUUUAAGACGCAAACCCUUACGCCUCUGGUGACGGAAUCGGCUGCCACGGAGGAGAACAGUUUCGAUUCCAAAUUGCAAAUACCGGCCGCGGUGAGGCGUGGCAGACGCUGUUCCACAGUAUUGCGCAAGCGCGGCAUUCUAACCAAAGAAAGAUCUCUCGACGAACAAGCCAUACGUCGUCGCAAUCUCGAGUCCAAGCGCAUGAGCUCCGAUUCGCUGCCCUGGUGUGGCGGUGAGGGCGGUGAAUUUCGAAGUGGCACCAUUUUCGAGAGUCUUGAGUCCGAUGGCAGUCCAUCGUCCACCUAUGAUCUGCACAGCAUACGCAGUGAAGAAGUGCCGCGCAACAUUUCCGAUACGGCCAGUAUCGUCAGCGCAGUGGUCAGCGAAAAGCCGGUAAAUGUGGCGCCCUGUAGCAGCAGUAGCAGUGGGUCGGCGCUGCGCCGACCCUAUGGCCGUUCUAUGUCGACAGACCCCAGUUUCUUGGCUCCUGCCCGCACCAACCUUUUGUCAGUGCCACGUUCCAUGCCACCACGCAGCCGCAGCGGCAGCACAAAGCAGCUCUUCAAACAGCAGGCUCUAGACGAAGACCCAGAUAUGGACGAGAGUUCCUUGUUGUUGCCCGUUGUAAUGGAAAGUGGCUCUCUUACAGCAGGCGGCAAACAAAAUGGUAACAAAACGGUGACAGACCCGGCGGAUAUUGUCAUAUCCGAGGGUCUGUCCAAGUCCGAUUCUGCGGAGAUCUUACGCAUCAUAUCGGAGCGGCGACGGGCCGAACAGCGUGAUAAUAGCGGCAACGAAGAUUCCGAUUACAACGAACUGUUGCUCGUCAAAUCGCCACAGUCGUCAAUAGAUGGCUAA